AUGGACACUCCAAGCCCCAAGGAUCUUGCGACGGCGGACCACUUCAUCUAUGUCACUCAAGUAUACUUUUGUGAUGCCGUAGUCCUCUGGGACUGGAUCAUCAGUUUGCAUAGAGAAUAUCGCUUCGUCUGGAGGACCCACUGGACGCCAGUCAAGAUAGCUUAUCUUUUCUGCCGGUCAGUAGAUUGGACAACGGGCUACUUUGUAUUUAUCUCGCUGCCCCAUAGUUAUUGGGUUAUCACUGUCGUGCCUUACUUGCUGUACUGCUUCGUUAUUGACCACAGCCUUGAAACGUGUCAAAGAAUCUACAAGAUCCCUGUAGCGCUUGCCAUGUGGAAUCAAGUAGGCUCAGAGUGUAAGCUGCUGUCUGGGAUGCGGCAGAACUGGGCUCACUGUCCUUUUCUAGCGGUCCUCCUCAUCCGUACCUAUGCUUUCUUUAGUCGCAAUGUCUACGUUCUAUGCUUUCUCCUGUCCGCUCUUUCUGGGGUUGUUGCCUAUCAACUAUACGUCGACACCACCCAGAUGUUGUUGCUUCCAUUCUAUAAGCCUCCAUUCGACAAAGGCCCCUGUCUUCCCAUGUCGAAAAGACACUCAGCGCAUUUACUCGGUUUCUUCAUUGCACCUCUGCUGUUCGACACAAUUGUCACAUUUAUGACUGUUUGGAAAGCCUUCAACAUUCGAAGACGUAACGGGGGACCGAAUAGCCGACUUAUUCAGACUUUCCUUCGUGAGGGUGUCUUCUAUUACAUCUUAAUCUCCAUCGCAAACUUAAUUAAUGGCGUCUUUUACCUCCAACCCCGCCAAGUUAUUUCGGCUAUCAACAUUCCCUUGAGUGUUAUGUUAGGGCCUGUGCUCGCCUGCCGCUUAAUUCUGGACCUGCGCGAACGCGGCUCGGAGACCGUAUCGCAUUCUGAAGGAACCGGGAUUGCCGCCUUUACUACAAAGUCUAUACCCCAGCAAGGCUCUCCAUAUACGCCCCCCGGUCAUCGUGGAAAGAGCGGGACUGGUCGUUAUCGUCGCAGCCACGGCAUGGUCAGUACAAUCAGCUCCAAUGUGGUACUGACCACACUUGGAACAAUCCAUCCCGACGUGGACAUAGACGUUGAGCAAGAUCUAGUGGAAAUGGAGGACAUUCGCCUUGGAUUAGAUUUGGGUAGCUUGAGUACGGCUAUCGGCGGAGAUGACGGUGAACCCCUUUCCGAAGGGGAUAGUCAGGGAGGGAGUCCGGCGCCUGCCUACCACUCUCUGGAGCUAGGAUUCAGAGACCAGCGACCUCCAAGCCUAGAAGAAGGAAUAGGAGGGAUAAGGGUUGACGUGGAAAGGGCGUCGUCCACAAUGUGA